GAACAUACACGUAACAAUCGUUGACUAUUUCUCGCGGAAAGUCGCUUAACAUUUCCCGCGAUCGGUGAAGAAGCCUUUAACACGAUUUUCCACGUUUUCCGCGAAAAACUGUUUAAGUAGUGGUGGAAAACUUAUUGACAGUGCAUUGUGAUGUUGAGUGGUACAAGAACUUGCGGUGGUCUAUGAAAAUUAAGGAUUUCGGCCGAAUGCCGACGGGUCACUUAGACGAAGAGGACUUUGUUGCUGUGAAGACGCGGUCCAACACACCAGAAGGUGCUGCGGCCGGCGGAAGCGGGACGUUUUGGUUGUCCGCAGUGCCGGCUGCAGCACAGCCUCUCGAAGGUUGUAAUGAAACCGGAUUCAUUAAUAGUCAGCCAUCGAUGGCUGAAUUCAUGACUGCCUUACCACACCUUUCUAAUGAACUACCUCAUGGACCACCAAUUAGCCCUCAACAAACACCUCCAUCGAGUGGAUAUCCUAUGGAUGUACCUCAUGGAAUGGGAUCGCCUGGUGUUAACGUACCCGAAUAUCCGUGGAUGAAAGAAAAGAAGACUACAAGGAAAAACAACCAACAGGGAUCAAGGAAAAGUAACAAAAAACUCUCCUCAAUGCUUUUUGGUAACGAAGACAAUGACGAAAAUGGUCUUCCAAGGAGACUUAGAACAGCCUACACAAAUACGCAAUUACUAGAGUUAGAGAAAGAAUUCCACUUUAACAAAUACUUGUGCCGGCCAAGGCGAAUUGAAAUAGCAGCUUCGUUAGAUCUUACCGAACGACAGGUGAAAGUAUGGUUCCAAAACAGACGGAUGAAGCACAAAAGACAAACACUAGGGAAGCAAGGAGAAGAAGGAGACGAUAAAGAUUCAGUGACAAGUGAAGGUAGUAAAAGCGCCAAACUAUCCGACAAAUUUCUUGACGAUGAAAUGUCAAAGAAGAGCUGUCAAGGUUGCGAAAUGCCUACUGCCGGCUUAUGCAAUUCACACGAGGAAAUUUCUGAGGUUACUUCUACAAGAGGAAACAACAACAACACUCCUAGUGCGACUAAUAAUAACACAAAUUUUAAUAAUAAUAGUAAUGGAGCAAGUAGUAUUGGUAGCUCCGGUAGUUUCGACAAAUUAAUGAAUGAAGAAGAUUCACGAUCGAAUGAAGGCAGUGGAACACAAACUUCGCCAAGGAUUUCCAAAAAAAAUUCUUCUUCAAUACCGAAUAACGUGGUAGUAAAAAUCGAAGGACGCAGAAACUCACCCAAUUCAUGUGAUAGAAAAAUAGGAAUAAGAAAAAUCUCCCCAAGUCCUAGUCAAAGUAAAGACGUCGGUAUAGGCUUGAAUUCACUGGAAAAUAUCACUACAAAAUUAUCUCCGAAAAGUUCUUCUGGGACUCCAGUGAUUCCAAGUGGCCCUUUGAGUUUGCCUACGAAUAUGGUUUACCAGCAAGUCCCACGAUCAUCCCCAACCACAGCAACAGCAAUAGCUUCAGCAACUGUCACAAUCCAGAAUAUUCCCAAUGCCAUUCCGCCAUUCGCAUCAAGAGGAUCUUCUGCUACUCAUUUUCCCAAUCAAUACAAUAUGAACAACAGCCAAUCUGAUUACCGAGCCGAAAGAUCAAAGCACUAUCAAAAUAUGACUCAAAUGUACUCAUCAGAUAUGUAUAAUCAUGAACAUACCGGAAUCAACGAAACACAUACGUAUCACCGAGGUCAGCCUCACUCUAAUAAUAUGGGACAUGUUAAGUUCAACAAUAGAAGACAACCAUAUGCAGGUUAUACCAAUCAACAGCAAUACUACUAUAAUAAUCAAAGUGUGGAGAAGUACGGAAUGAGUCAUAAUAACUACAAUCAAGGUUAUGCUGACCAUGCAGGCUACAAUAAUUACAGUUAUGGUUAUAAUAGUGAUGGAAACGAAGCUGUACAUAUGCAAAACUCGGUACAAAUAAAUCACGAACAUCCAGGUAACUAUUAUCCUAUCGAAGGUGCAAUACCAAAAGUUCAGAAUCCGGUUGAGUAUCAAGGAAAAGUUGCAUAUUACGAUAAUAAUUAUACUUCCAACCACAUGCCUCCGACUACUUUACAAACUAAUGAUGCAUCAUAUAAUAUGGGACAAGAGGUUUUCCCUAGUAGCAACAAUAGUUCCGCUACAAUAAUGACUCCACCCGCAAGUGCUCCCACAGAAAAUAAUGAGAAUUACAAUAAUUUCCAUCAAUUUUAUCCCGGAGAGUCUCAAACCCAAGUUCCCGUUCCAGGUGAAAGUAGUAAUAGCUCAUCUGAUUUUAACUUUUUAAGUAACUUAGCGAAUGAUUAUACUCCUGAGUAUUAUCAAAUCUGAUUCAGUGCAAUUGAAAAUAAAAUGUACAGGUAGCUGUUGAUAUUCUUAAGAUUUGUUGAUUUUCAUUGGUUUAUAUUUGUUUAUUUACGAAAUAAUUCUGAAAAAACAACAAAUAAAGAAUUCAUCGGAAAACACUUCAACAUUUUAUAACGUUUUACAUAUUUGGAUUUUAUUUUAGUUGACGAAAUAUCUACGAGGGGGUUUUACUAAUUAUUUUACUAAUACUGAUAUGUCAACAAGUAUGAAGUAGAUUUUUGUUAAAGUUUAAACACAACUAAUUACAUAGUUAUAAUCAAAAUAUGAAAAUAUUUUGAUUAUCCUUGACAUGUUCAGUGUCGUAGCUUGGACUAAGUAGUGACGAAACCUACAAACAGCAAAUUCAAAUCAUUUGAGAUAGAUAAAGCAGCACUGAAGGUUCUCUCAGACCGGUUACAGAACCAAACGAAAUUGAACCAAUAGAUGCGAAAAAAUGGACUCACGCCUAUAAUCACUUUGAGAAAAUUGAAAAAUAACACAAGACAAAGGAACACAGGCAAUCCAAAUCAAUGAAAGACCAAGAAAACAGGAAAGUUUCAUUCUUCCCAUACAAAACUUCCCCAGGGGAUGGAGAAGUUAUGAAAUCUGCUUCGAUUGAGACUAUUGCUAAACUAGAUAGUCGGUCAUGCUACAUAUUGUUUCUUGAGUAAUCUUUAACUUCUAUUUAAAUUCUAAAAGCAAUCCAAACAUUAGGAUAGAUAUCUUCCACUUCAUUUGUAAUUAUGUAUUGGAUCAUCCGACUGGCGUCUUUAAUGGAGUUUGGUAUAUUGAGCACUUCGUGGAGCUCAUAAGAUUCUCAUAAGAUGUCUUUGUUUUCUCCAUCUUGAAGUGGUUCAAAAGCUCGAUAUUUGGCAAAGAUUUUAAAUUAUCUAUCCAGAAGAAUCAAUUCUAAAUCAACUAUCAAUGGAACCAAUAGGUUCGUCUACAGCUUCAUAAUUUUCUUUUUUUGCCGAGUCGUUUCUCUUUAAAAGCCAUUCGUAUAUCACGACUGCAAUUUUCUAUGAAUUCGUAUUUCAGUACAUUCAUUAAAGCCCGUUUCACGAAAUUUCUGAAACUGGUUACAAAAAUUGCGCAAAUUGUCAAUAGCGAGGCUACUUAAAGUGCGAGGCCGUGGGCGAGGACCCUCUACGCCCACGUCUAGGUAUUACACUGCAAUUUUCCUUUGCUAUAAUCACUAAUUAGCUCAAGUUUUAAUUACAAAAUCUCUCAAUUUUCUUUUGGAAAUUGAAACACAUGAAGACUACAAUGGAAUUCCCAUAUUAAAUCUUAUCAGAUCUUAUUCAUAUUAUAUGAGUGGUAGAUAAAUUAAAUAAAUGAAACGUUUUCAAAGAUUAGUUGGCUGAAGACUUCUAAGAUAUUAUUUCAUUUUAUAUGUGAAUGUAUUUUUUGUUUCUUCAGUGUCAUUCUAUAAAAAUGUAUAUUAGUAAACACUCCUCGUAUAUUUUCAAUUUAUUUAUGUUAAAUAAUUGUUAAUUGUUAUUAAUUUUAUACGCCUAUCGUAGCGAAUAAGUCCACAUUUGGCAACUUAAUUCUUCGAUGUGGUUCAUUUAUUUUUUCCUCAUUUUCACUUCGUUCUAACAUAGUAAUACCACUUCCAUAUAUUUCGUUCUGACAUUAAUGAAUGACGCAACUAUUUGUCGAAUAAAACAAAACAGUUGAUUUGAUUUUUCAUAUUAUGCUGCAAAAAUCUUGAGAUAAUAAAAAUAUAAAUAAAAAUGAACAGAUAAAUAGUCAAAAAAUGUGGUAGGAGUGUUAAAAGUAGAUUCACAAGUAAAUCGAUGACGUCUAUCUAAAAAAACACACCUGAAUUUCAAACUAUUCGUACUUAUUAAUCGGAAAAAUGACUAUUUUACUAAAAUCGACUCUACUUGCUUCUACUUUAAGAGUUAGCAAAAAAUUGUCGCAUUCGACACAUAGCUGUAAUUUCUAACCUGAAAUUUCUUUUUUAAGUAGUACUGGUUAUAAGGGUUAAAUCUGAGGUUAUUAGACACGAUUUUGUUUAAAAACACAUUAUCAUCCUCAUAGCGAAAACGAAAUCUUUUUGGAUUUGGACAUCGUAUACAAAUCAAAAGUGAAAAAAAGUGAACUAUACAGCAAACAUCAGAAAUUUGUUAAUUAUAUUCUUAUCCAUUACAGCAAACACAUGACUAUUUAAUUAAAUAACAAUAAAGCCGAUUUUAAUAAAACUAAUCUCUUCCUUCAUUAAAAGACGACACUAACUAUUAAUUAUUAUAAUUAUAAAUAUUAUUAUUGACUACCUAUUAGAUAUGUAACAAAUAAAAUCGAUUUUUCUAAAAUCUAAAAUUUCCGAUAGUUUCUUUAGGUAUAUGAAUUAAAGUCAAUCCGUUGAGAUAGGAUGACUAUAUGAAUUAAAAUAAUUUCAAAACAUUUUAUAUUUAAUACGAAAAUCAAGACACUGGCAAUUGAUUGAUAUAGUGGAGUAACUAGCACUAAGAUAACGUUAUUUCUUCCAUCAAAUUCAAUCGUAGUUAAAAGGUUACCAACAUAGAGUAAGUUUGAGAAGAAAAACUUUUCAAUUGAUACCUCGUUAUUACCGAGAUAUUAAUUCGACAUUGAGCCGGCUUUUUCUUCAAAAAACAGUGGCGUCAGAAUCUCUCAAUCAAGUUGCAGCAUCUACACUUAAGUCAAUCAAGUAACUUUGAAAAAUAUAUGUCAAUCUCUAUGAAUCUAUCGCCUAAUCUAACACUUCAAUCCAUCCAGAAGAUGAUAACUUGAUUAAUUGUUUUUUAAAGGCAUCAAUUGCGUUUGCUAAUAAUCCAAAAAGCCUACCUUCAGUUGGUUGGAGUAUAAAGAAAUUGUUGAGUUCAUUGAUAGAAAACAAACAUAGCUUCAAACACUGGAAAGUUUAUGCAAAAACUUACGUGAGCUGAUUAUACUAAUGUUCAAACUUGUCUUGAUUUCAUGGUGUUCUUAAAUUAAAUAGAGUAUCGAUGUGAAGAUAUAUAACAAAUUCUGAACUAACUGAAACUCUUCCUUAAGAAGAUUUGAUUUGAGUAAUUCAUUACCAAAAACCGUUUAAUACUCCAUUUCCCGAUACUCUGUGCUCUUAAAAUGGUUUAAGCUUGAGAUGAAAUUAUUCUUAUUUAAAUUCCAAAAAUCGGUUUUUCUUUCAAAUAUUCAACUCCAACUCAAAUGAACCUUAUGUCAUAUCAACACAAUUCAAGCAGCAUACCUUCAAAAUGAACUAAACUGAUGGAAGGUGGAGAAGCUAAUAAUUACAGAAUGUGUGAAUGUAGGAAAAAUUAAAACAAUCACAUUUAACUGAUUAGUUUAUCAUGUUUAUGUUCCAAACACGAAUAAUGUUAGUGACAAUCCCUAAAAUUGUUGAUACAUUUAAUGUUUUCGUCAGUUUUUAAAAUUGUAUAGAGUUGUCAGUUUCAUUUCGAAAAAUGUACAAAAUAGUCAAGUAGAAAUGUUGCACAUACACCAACGAGGAACAGCCUGGGAUAUUUACCAAAUGAAGCAUACCAAUGGCUAUACUUUCAUUUAAAACUUACUGCAGAACUAUAUUUGAAGUAAAAGUUAUACAUUUUAAUGAAAAAUAUGAAAUAUUUUGUGUACUUUGUUAAUGAGAAUAUUACCAUUUCCACCAAUUUUUAAAUAAAUGUAAAGUGUGGGAAAUUUAAGAUGAGGAACAUAUUUCUGAUAACAUGGAGUUCAGAUUUCAAUAUUCAUACUAGGUCUCAUCACGAUUAACUGAAAUUUAAUUGACGAUAUUCACGGCAAAAUUCUUAUUUUUAUUGUCCAUAUAUGACCCUAUUGUUAGCGAACAAAUAAAGUAGAUUGUACGAUUACUUCCUAAUCAACUGAAAUUAUUAAUAAUUUAUUGAAGUUGUACUACCAACAGAAAAUGUCUUAUAUUUGGUAAAUAUCAUAGAUUUUCCUAAUUGUAUAAAAAAAUUUCAUUAUGUAUAAUUCUGAGAAAACAUAGUGUAGAAAGUUAAUGUAAAUAUCUCGUUUAUGUACUCGUAUUAUACAUAGUAUAUUGUACAGUUCUAGUAAAACAUUGGUACUCAAGCAUUUUGAUUCAGAAUAUAAAACUAUA